AUGGCGAAUCAAUCAUUUGAACGAAGUCUACCCAACGAGAGCCAUCACCAAGAGGAUCAGGAACUAGGAUCGCCGGCCGAUAUAGUACGUCCUCGAUCAGCUUUACAUUCGGGCGAUUUUCGAGAAGGCGCCAGAGAGCAGAGCGGCCAACAGCAAAUACCUCCAUCUCCUAUACCACGAACGACCACUGUCCCGCAGUUCCCUCCCCUGAGUUCUUCUCCAACCACGCCAUGGUUUGCGGUACCGGCUCGUCCGUCUGCUGGGAAAACCGUGCCGGCAACUCGCUCCCGAGCACCCUCUUUGGGGUCAUUCUCCUCCAGCUACGUCCUGAAGGCUCCGACAAGCCCGUUGGUUUACCAGGCAAACAAUACAGACUUGGAUUUUUCUCCUAGGACGGAGUCCGCAGAUCAGGCAGAAUUCUCAGAAAAAGCAAGUCGUCGCCGAACGCUGCCUCCAGAAAGUUUCCGACACCUCCAAUCAUCUCCUACUGCCCACCGAGGCUCGAUCUUUCAGAAUGGUCAAUUUCUUGGGCGAUGGAACGAACCAUCUCACGGAGCCUAUCCUGCCCGGCGGUCUUUGGCAUCGACUUAUAGUCUUCAGCUAGCGUCAUCGGUGCAGACGCCAUCUCCAAGAGCUCGGAGACUUUCCAUUACCUCGGAAUCUUCGCCCCGGCCACAUGCCUCGCUUGUCGGCUCGUACGAGGAGUCUAUUCUCCGUGGGCGUAUGUCAAUGAAUCCGUCGAAGCCCCUAGAUUUCACCGCGCAGAUCGGAGUGCUUGGUAAAAGCAAGUGUAAAUCAAGUCUCAAAUGCCCGCCCCACGUCACGGUUCCUUUCCCGGCGGUUUUCUACAGCUACCCUACUUCUGGGUACGGACGAACGAUCUCGGACGACAAUCCCAGCCCUUACGUUGGCUUGAUCGACCUGGAAAAUUCUCUUCCUAGGGACACGUCGGCCAGCAGCCGACGGCGACGACGCCAUCAGAGCCCUGCAGGUCCUCACGGUGACCAAGGCGCGGAGAACGAACUGUCAUCGAAACCCACCGAUCAGGAUGCUUUGCGUAAACGCGAAAAAAGACACAGGCGGGCCGAGUCUCCCAAAUGCCCUCCCGGUGGUUGUUAUAGAAUCCCGCAACAGGGCCAGUUGCAGAUCAUGAUCAAAAACCCGAACAAGACGGCUGUAAAAUUGUUUCUCGUUCCCUAUGACUUGGGUGACAUGGAACCCGGGACAAAGACAUUUAUCCGGCAAAGAAGCUAUUCUGCCGGUGCUGUAAUUGACAUGCCACUAACUGCUAGAAAGAAUUACGGUACUGAUCGCCCCGAGGCGUCGUUGAAUACCUCCGAGGACCCCAAGGACAAGCCCAUAUUAAGAUACCUGAUUCACCUCAAUAUUUGCUGUCCGUCCAGGGGCCGGUUUUACCUCCACUCGAGCGUCCGUGUGGUGUUUGCCAACCGCGUGCCCGACGGGAAGGAACAGCUCCGCAAUGAAAUUCAGCAUCCCGACCCUCGAUACACACCUUACAAGCCUGUCCGAGACGCCCACCAUUCGCACAUGGUUCCCAAAUUAGCGACGGACCGCUCAUCCCAACGGGCGGCCGCGAAUCACGAGCCGAUCGCAGCGUAUGACGCUCCCCAUCCCUCUGCCGACAUCCCCGACAGUUCGUUCGCGAUUCCGUCCUCACUGCGACGAAACACGAUGAAUCCUGGACAGUAUCACUCAAUACAGCAUACUGCUCAUCCAUUCCAGCCCAUCCCGUCUCUGAGAAAGGAGUCGUUCUGCUUGCAGGAUCUAGACUCGAUCGAACCAUGUCGUUUCGAUGAGGACCGAUACCACAAGCUCAAUAGAGGAGAUAUCGGUUACGGCGGUUACCCCUCCGUCGGUGGUCUCGAAGCGGGUGAAAGCCUGUUGGCCAAAAGAUUACGAGGGCUCGAUGUUCACAAGCACGAUUGCCCAGAUCUCAACUAA